AUGUUACCUUAUGUGGCGGGAGCUGGUGACUAUUACAUGGUUAAGAAACUCUUGGAGGAAAACAGCUCGGGGGAAAUGAACAUAAAUUGUGUGGAUGUGCUUGGAAGAAAUGCUGUUACCAUAACCAUUGAAAAUGAAAACUUGGACAUACUGCAACUUCUUCUGGAUUAUGGCUGCCAGUCAUCAGAUGCGCUUUUGGUGGCUAUUGAUUCGGAAGUGGUGGGAGCUGUUGACAUUCUGCUUAAUCACCGACCAAAAAGAUCCUCCAGGCCAACUAUUGUAAAACUAAUGGAACGCAUUCAGAAUCCAGAGUACUCAACAACCAUGGAUGUUGCACCUGUUAUUUUAGCUGCUCAUCGUAACAACUAUGAAAUUCUCACUAUGCUGUUAAAACAAGAUAUAUCAUUACCGAAACCUCAUGCUGUAGGCUGUGAAUGCACACUCUGUACUGCAAAGAACAAAAAAGAUAGUCUACGACAUUCCAGGUUUCGUCUUGACAUCUAUCGAUGUUUGGCCAGUCCUGCUUUAAUAAUGUUGACAGAGGAGGAUCCAAUCCUGCGAGCUUUUGAACUUAGUGCAGACUUGAAAGAAUUAAGUCUUGUUGAGGUUGAAUUCAGAAAUGAUUAUGAGGAACUAGCACAGCAGUGCAAAACCUUUGCUAAAGACUUGCUUGCACAGGCACGGAAUUCACGGGAGCUGGAAGUUAUUCUAAAUCACACCUCUAGUGAUGAACACAUAGACAAGCGAGGAUUGUUGGAAGAGAGGAUGAAUUUAAGUCGCUUAAAACUUGCAAUCAAGUAUAAUCAGAAAGAGUUUGUUGCUCAAUCUAACUGCCAGCAGUUUCUUAACACCGUGUGGUUUGGACAGAUGGCAGGCUACCGGCGCAAGCAUACGUGCAAGAAGAUUUUGACUGUUUUGACAGUUGGCAUUUUCUGGCCAGUUCUGUCCCUGUGUUACUUGUUAGCCCCUAAAUCUCGAGUGGGUCGAAUAAUCCACACUCCUUUUAUGAAGUUUAUUAUUCAUGGGGCUUCAUAUUUCACAUUUCUAUUAUUACUUAAUUUGUACUCACUGGUCUACAAUGAGAAUAAGAAGAAUACAAUGGGGCCAGCCCUUGAAAGAAUAGACUAUCUUCUGAUAAUAUGGCUCAUUGGAAUGGUGUGGUCGGAUGUUAAACGACUCUGGUAUGAUGGUUUAGAAGACUUUUUAGAAGAGUCUCGUAAUCAGCUUAGUUUUGUCAUGAAUUCCCUGUAUUUGGCAACCUUUGCUCUCAAAGUAGUUGCCCAUAACAAGUUCCAUGAUUAUGCUGAAAGGAAGGACUGGGAUGCCUUCCAUCCUACCCUGGUGGCAGAAGGUCUUUUUGCUUUUGCUAAUGUUCUUAGUUAUCUACGUCUCUUCUUCAUGUAUACAACGAGCUCUAUUCUGGGACCGCUCCAGAUCUCAAUGGGACAGAUGCUACAGGAUUUUGGAAAAUUUCUGGGCAUGUUUCUUCUUGUUUUGUUCUCAUUCACAAUUGGAUUGACGCAACUUUAUGAUAAAGGAUUUACUGUAAAUGAAGAAAAGGACUGUGCGGGAAUUUUCUGUGAACAACAGAGCAAUGACACAUUCCAUUCGUUUAUUGGCACAUGUUUUGCUCUAUUCUGGUAUAUAUUCUCCCUGGCACACGUAGCAAUCUUUGUCACGCGCUUCAGCUAUGGUGAAGAAUUGCAGUCUUUUGUGGGUGCUGUUAUUGUUGGCACCUACAAUGUGGUGGUUGUGAUAGUAUUAACUAAGCUCCUUGUGGCAAUGCUUCAUAAAAGUUUUCAGCUGAUCGCAAAUCAUGAAGAUAAGGAGUGGAAGUUUGCUCGUGCUAAGCUUUGGCUUAGUUACUUUGACGACAAAUGCACGCUACCUCCACCUUUCAAUGUCAUCCCCUCUCCCAAAACUAUUUGCUAUCUUUUCAACAGCCUCAGUAAAUGGAUCUGCUCUCAUACAUCAAGUGGCAAAGUGAAACGUCAGAAUAGCCUAAAGGAAUGGAGAAAUCUGAAGCAAAAGAGAGAUGAGAAUUAUCAAAAGGUGAUGUGCUGCUUAGUCCACCGUUACUUGACUUCCAUGAGACAGAAGAUGCAAAGUACAGAUCAGGCAACUGUGGAAAACCUAAAUGAACUGCGGCAAGACUUAUCAAAGUUCCGGAAUGAAAUGAGAGACCUACUUGGCUUUCGAACUUCUAAAUAUGCUAUGUUUUACCCAAGAAAUUAAGGCCUAACUUUUCAGAUGAAAGGUGUCUACUUUUUGAUACCUAUCAAAAAGUAAAGUACUGGCUUAAUUCUGUUGCUAGACCAAAUAGAAAAUAUCGAACAAUUGCACAGUAUCGAACUUGAAAAUGCAUUUGCAUGAGCUGCAGCUAGAUGCAGAAGUGGUGAAAAUAAAUGCAAAAACAGUAAUUUUCUUAACGCUCUUAAUCUUAUUGUAUAUAUAAAAUCUGUAUAUAGGAAUUUUAUUUUGAUGUUCCUCACACUGUGGCUGUCAGGUGUCAGAGCUUCGUAACUAGCACAAUAUGAUUAUUUCUUCUAUUUUUGCUGUUUGUUCCUUUUUGAUACUUGUUUUUCAAGUUGCGAGAGAAGAAGCUUUUUAAACAAAAAUCCAAACUGCAUUUAUUUUUAAUAGAAAAGUUGGGUAGAAUAGAAUAACAGAUUUCCAAAAAAAUUGGAAAUUACAUUUGACUGCAGGUCACAGUGCACUUGAAGACUGUAUUGCUCUGAAAGAGGCAGUUCUAGUGCCAAGUUUUGUAUAUUAGGUUGACUGUAUGGUAGCAUUUAUAGCAUAUAGAAAAUCAAAUCAUCAAGACUCUUCCCAUUCAUGGGAAAGUUGAAAUUUUGGGUUUAAAAUAGACCAAUCACUUCCAGAAUGUUUGUGGUUACAUACAAGACAAUCAAUUCCUGCUUGGAUUUUUCAGUGGUGCCUCAGAAGUAUGUUCUACUGUGCAGGUUAGGAUUGGGAACAGAAUUUUAAAACAAACCUAUGAACUUUCGGUGUAUUCAGGAUCUUUUUUUGUUUUUUUAUCUGGAUGAUCAAUAGUUAUUAUUUGAGUUAAAUUAAAACCUAUGAUUUAACAAAAAUGAGAUGGAGCGCAUGAGUGCUGUUGUUUGCAAUGCUAAACAGUUCCUCUCUGAAACACUGUACGCUUCUUCCUGUGAGAACAUACAUUUUGUCUGGUUAUUGGACAGAUGUAGCUUUCGGCCCUGCUAUAGCCAGGUUUUACAGGUGAGAUUUUUAAACUUGUCUUUCUUUUUUCUUCUUUUAAUAUUAAUUGUUGCAAAGUUUAACUUUCUCUUUUCUUUUUCUGUGUCAGGAGUAUUAUGUUUUGUGAAAACACAUGAUUUAACUUUGCUUACAAUGGACAGUAAGGGCUUUGUGGAUUUUCUGUGCUAGAGGGUCCUAUAUAGCUUUAUAUGCUUAUAUAUAGUUCAAGUUGACAAAUUGUAAUUGAGAAAUGUGAUAUUCCUGUAUUUUUAAUUACAAAAUAAGUAUAUUUAUGAGAGCUAAAGGAUUGACGGUUUUACUGUGAAGAUGGUGUUCUUCUAAACCAGUCUUAUGUCCAGAAGGCGCAGGUAGCCAUAAUGGUCUCUGACUACAGUAGAUUUUGGAAGAUUGAUAAGAGAGCGGAGGCUUAAAUGAAUGUUCACUUUUUUUGAAGGAAUUCUUACAAAACUCUUUCUUGUAAAGGUAAUAUAUUUUCUGUACUAAGAAAUUAUGCAUAUCUGAGUUUAAUAUUGUGCUUCCAGAAGUCCUAUAGUGUAGAAGCAUUCUGAAUAGUCUGUUGGGGUUUCAUGUGAAUAAGCAGCCAACCUCUCGUGUUCAAAGCAAAGAGGAUCACUGAUUUUUUUUUUUUUUUUUUUUUAAAGAGGGAGAUCUCAUGUUUGAACGCUAUACCACCAUAAAAACUGUGUGCUUGUAUAUGUUAUGUAUUCCCAAGAAAGGAAGCAAACAAAUAAAAGCUCUUUGAAAAAUA